CUCUUCUUCUUCUUCUUCUUCUUCUUCUUCUUCUUCUUCUUCUUCUUCCUCCUCGUCCUCAUCUUCUUCUUCAUUUUCCCUUGAUCCAAAUGGAAGAUAAUCUAAGCCAACCCCCUCUAAGAACCAAAACCCAGACUGGAGAGAUGAGAAUCAGAGCAGGAACGGAUGACGACAGUACAGAACCAAGGUUCGAUGUCGACUUCCACACUAAGAUUCGGGAAGCCGAACUCAGCACCUCCACAACAGUUUGCAAGUAAACCUCUAGUUACUUGGACUCCUUUUAAUCUGCCUAGGUCACAGAUUUUCAUGCAGAUUAAGAAUAAGAUGGAUUUAAGGCAUCUUGGCCCAAUGAGAACUACUGUUGCUAGCCGAGAUCAUACUAGAUAUUGUGAUUUUCAUCAAGAUCAUGGUCAUACAACAGAGCAAUGCAACAGCCUAAGGUCCGAGCUGAAAAGUCUAGCUCAGAAGGGAAUGUUGAAUGAGUACAUUCAAAGAGUUGAACAGCCAAGAUUUGUCAGAGAACAGGGGAGUGCACCAGACAUCAUGUACUUCCACUGUUUUGAGAGUAUUGGACUGGAUCCAACAUUGUUGCAGAGGUACGAUGGUCCCAUCUAUGGAUUCAAUAACCAACCAGUUCAGGUAGAAAGGGUUCUUACCCUCCAUGUUGCUUUUGGGAGUGGCAGAACGUAUGUUACCCCUUCCGUUCGGUUUCUAGUUGUCAAGAUGCCGUCCUCUUUCAAUGUUGUUAUUAGCAGACCCACGCUGACUGAAAUCCAAGUUGUGGUUUCCCAAUCUCAUCUUUGUAUGAAGUUCCCAACUCUUAUGGGGAUAGCAACACUACUAGGCAACCAAGAGCUGGCUAGACAUUACUAUAUCACCUCGGUCACGAGACCAAACAAAGACAAAGAACAGACACCAGAGGCUAUUCCCCAAAAGAUUCUUGACAAUCAACAAGUCAUGAGAGUUGAAAUAGUAGACAACCGACUUGAAGAUGAAACCAGAGCUACUCCAGUCGAGGAUGUUGAGGAGCCCAGAAGCGACGUCUCUUCGGGGGGGGAGAGGCUUCAGGCCAUAAAGGAAGAGGUAGAAAAGCUGCUACAAGCUGGUUUCGUCAGAAAAGUUGAUUAUUGCGAAUGGGUGGCUAACCCAUUACUGAUGAAAAAAGCAAAUGGUAAUGAGAGAUUAAGUCUCUUGGAUGCAUAUUCUGGGUAUCACCAGGUGCUGAUGGCUCCAGAAGACGAAGAAAAAACCUCGUUCUAUGCUGGUGACGAAAUCUAUUGUUAUGUCAUGAUGCCAUUUGGCUUAAAGAACGCAGGUGCUACUUAUCAAGAAAUGGUGACCAUUGUCUUCCGAGCUCAGAUCGGCAGGAAUCUGGAAGUUUAUGUCGAUGACAUUGUGGUAAAGAGCCUAAAAGUAGAAGACCAUCUAGUUGAUCUCGACGAAACUUUCAACAACCUCAAAAAGAAUAGAAUGUGGUUAAACCCAACCAAAUGCAUCUUCGGCGUGGAGUCUGGAAAAUUUCUAGGCUUCAUGGUUUCCCGAAGAAGGAUUGAGGUCAAUCUAGAAAAGAUCAAAGCAAUUGCCGAUAUGGAACCGUCGAAGUCAGUGAAAGAUAUACAGAGGUUGAUUAAAAGGGUGGCAGCUCUUCAUCGGUUCAUAUCGAAGUCAGCAAAUAAGUGCCUACCAUUUUUCAAGAUUAUGAGGUUAGCCGCCCAGAAAAAUGAAUCAAGAAAACAAAAGAAGUUUGAAUGGAACCAGGAAUGCAAAGCCGCAUUCGAGGAGCUGAAGUCUUAUCUUAGCUCACCACCUCUACUAACUAAGGCCAUAGAUGGAGAGAUUCUCUAUUUGUAUUUGGGAAUUUCAGAUGAAGCCAUUAGUUCGGUUCUGGUGAGAGAAGAAGUGAAACAACAGAAACCAAUCUAUUACAUCAGUAGUGUGCUGCAUGGUGCAGAACUGAUGUAUCCUAUUGCUGAGAAAGCAGCAUUAGCAAUUGUCACUUCGGCCAGAAAGCUAAGGCCCUAUUUCCAGUCACACCCAAUCAUUGUCCUCCCAGACCAACCUCUUCGGCAGAUUCUACAGAAGCACAAGUGCUCCGGAAGAUUAAUUAAUAGCAAGGGUUCAGGAGCUGAUGCUCUCUUAAUUGGCCUAGAUGGAUACCGAAGUGAACAUGCUCUGAAAUUUAACUUCGAUGCAACAAACAACAUGGUUGAGUAUGAAGCCCUGCUACUUGUCGUCGAUCCUGUGAUGGUGAAAUAUAUAGCCCUAGUGGCCGAGCUGAAGUGCAAAUUCCAGAAAUUCUGUCUGAACAAAAUUCCCCGAACUGAGAAUGAACAGGCAGAUUCACUCUCUAAGUUUGCCUCUAAUAGCUCUUUAAGUUCCAUAUUAGUUUUUGUGGAGGUCUUAGAUGAACCAAGCUUCAUGAAGUCACGGAUGAUGGAAAUCAGCACAGACAUAGACAUGCCGAGCUGGACUAACUCAAUUAUCUCCUCUUUACGAGACGGGAUACUAUCUGAGGACAGAUCUUUCUCACUCCCUCUUCUACGAUGCUUUAAUCCCUACGAAGCUGAGUACACACUUCGGGAGGUACAUGAAGGUGUUUGUGGGAGCCACGUUGGUGCUCUGGCUCACAAAGUCUUAAGACAGGGAUAUUACUGGCCAAACAUGUAUAAAGAUGCCACUCACAAUGUUUGGAGAUGCCUGAAGUGCCAAUUCUUUGCACAUCUGACUCACCAACCAGCAGAAGAGCUCACGAACUUGGUAGCACCAUGGUCAUUUGCUCAGUGGGGACUGGAUCUUUUGGGCUCAUUCGUGAAAGGGGUUGGUGGUGAAACACCCUACCACUUGGCCUUUGGUACUGAAGCAAUCAUUCCUAUUGAAAUAGGAGUGCAAAGCUUCCGGGUCACCCAUUUCGAUGAAGGACGAAAUGGACAAUUGCUUCGGGAAAACCUUGAUCUGCUUGCUAAAGUCAGAGAAGAAACACGGCUUCGAACUCUUGUAUACAAGCAGAAAUUAGCCAACUUCUACAAUAAACGAGUCUGCCCUCGAACAUUCAAAGUAGGAGACCUUGUUCUCAGAAAGGCUGGUCUAACAGGGUUUAAAACUUGUUUUGGCAAACUGGCCCCAAAUUGGGAAGGCCCUUAUAUUGUGGCCGAGGUGCCACAUCCUAGUUCCUAUGUCCUCCAAGACGCUGAAGGAAAAAGAGUUCCUAGAGUCUGGAAUGUCAAUGACUUGAAAAAAUUCUACCCCUAAUAAACUUCUUUCAAAUGAUCUAUGUCUUACUGCCCUUUAUACUUCUUACUUUGUGAUUGUUAAGAUUCAUUUUAUCUCUUACUCUGUGUAUCUGAGAUCAAUUUGUUUAACACUUGUUCCUUGAACUUCACUUCUACUAAUGAAUGUCACUUCGCACA